CACACGGUGUGUCUCUAGGAGGAGAGAAUCGGAGGGCAGGGAUGAGGAUGAUGAUGAUAAUGAAUAUGCUGUCAUCGGCGUACUUCAGAGACUUGUCAGUGAUGCAUGGAUGAAACGAUGCAACGUCGGAAAGAAACAUUUUAAAUCGUUAUUAUUGUGUUGGCUAUUUCCACUAUCUAUUCUAAAUGGCGACCGAUUGCACAGAACAAGCCGUCCUGGAGUUCCUAAUGGAGAAAGGAGGGGUGGUCAAACAUAUGGACCUGCUUGAUCAUUUUGAAUCAGUGUGGAAAAGUGAUUCGUCAAAGAAAACACUGUUCAAUGAACGGUUGAACCGUCACGUUGACAGCGUUGCUUUCAUAAAACUGGAGGAUGGAGUGAAAUUCGUGUGUUUGAAGGAAAACAGCACAAGCUCUGUGAUGCGCACAGACCCUGGCAACGAUGGAGAGUGUAACGGCAAUGGGGUGUGUGGUAGGGACAGCCCACUAUCUGAAUCUGGAGAACGGGGUGGGAGCAACAAUGUCAGCCGAGAUGGAAACAGAAAUUCUAGUGAUAAAUGUGAUUCACCUGAAAAAGACUCAAAUGCACCCGACGUCCUAUCUUGGCUUGAUAAUGACAUGGAAUCGAACGGUAAUCUUCAUCAUCCAUGCUGCCUAGAGGAAGGUAAAGUUAGUGAUGUUACUUCAGGUGGAGUCAGAGAGGUGAAGCUUAGAGAAGUUAGUGAUGAUUCCUUCUCAGGUGGAGAGGUGAGGCUAAGAGACAGGAGGAGGAGAGAGUCAGCUCCAGCACUGGGGACAGACUCAGGUGUGUUGGCUGGCCAGGUGCAGGUGAGGGGAAGUAGGAGGACCUCCCGGGGCUCCCAGAGGGCUCUGCUGACCAGCGCUCUGUCAGAAGAUGGCGGGUGGGAGGGACUGGACGGAGACUGGAACAACCCCAAGAGCAGCCGCAGGAACUUCAUAGAGCUGAUGAUGAGCAGCUCCCCACAGGUAGGCUACACACACAUACACUGACUCACACACACACCGUUUUAUUUUAUUCUAUUGUAUUUAAAAGAUUUUCCACACUGGUAUCUGGUCUAAGGUUGUUUAGGCUGCCAUUGCUGAGAUGUAGCCUACUAAUUGUUACUUUCUGGCUUUGCCUGUCUCCAGGUACGUCGGUCUCUGAUCAACCGCGGCUCUCGUCUCAGAGACUCUGUCAGGAGCGACAGUGACUCCACCUCUCUGCUGUCGUCUGCAGACGGGGACUGUGUCUCAGUGGCCCUGGACCCCCUGGAGCACGAAUGGAUGCUGUGUGCCUCGGACGGCCAGUGGGACAGUCUGUAUCCGCUGCUAAUCCUGGACACCAGCCUGCUGACCAAGAGGGACUUUGUGACGGGCUUCUCCUGCCUCCACUGGGCUGCCAAGCAGGGCAACGAGGAGCUGUUGACACAGCUACUGGAGCACGCCAAGCAGAACAAUGUUCCUGUGGAUGUUAAUGUACGCUCUAGUGCUGGGUACACUCCCCUUCACCUGGCCGCUAUGCAUGGACACACACAGGUAGGUGCUGUCCUCCUGCCCUGCCCUCCACCCUGCCCUGUUCACUGAUAUUGUUUUCUGUGGCAUGCUUGUUAGGUGGUUUAAAUAAAGUUGUAUAUGCUGUGAUUGUCAGGUUGUACGUGUGCUGGUAGACCAGUGGUCUGUAGACUCAGAGGCCAGAGACUACAGUGGGAGGAGAGCUGUCCAGUACCUCCCCCCUGGAGUCUCCACUACUGCAGCCCUGGAGCCAGGGAGCGGGACCAGCCCUAUAGGAGGAGGAGAAUCAGACACAGAAAACACAGACAGCGGGGCACAAGGGGGGCGGUGGAGAUUACCCAGAGUUCUCCAGUCCAACCUGAACCAACUGAGGCUGCUGAACGGAUCGGGAGAGGGGGGGGAGGGAGGGGGAGGGGGGUCAGGAAGGAGCAAGGCUGUUCAGAGGAAGUCGUCUCUGAGUCGGAUCAACGCACGGCUCCACCGAGGACGCCACAAGACCCAGAUCAUCCACAGCACCUCCUUCAGAGGGACGGGGGAGGGAGUGGAGGAGGGGGAUACGGGGGAGACCAGCCCAACCAGCCCCCUCAAAGGCAGACCAAUGUCCAAUCUGUUUGGAUAA